AUGUUCCCUGGUUAUGGAUUCUCACACUUUCCUAAUUUCCAACCCCACCUUCACGCUUUUCACUGCCGAGGAGAGAGGCCCAGCAUGUGGAUCCCGCGCUCAGCAGAGUCCCAGGCUGCCGGUGAGCCCCAGGAGGACAGGCCCCUCGUGCACCCCUGUCACCACAAACACGUGGCCGUUUGCCAGCAGGAAACAUUGGCGUUUAUCGAGCUACAACCAUCAGCAACUCCCAAAUCAAACGGCUUUGCUUCUCAGAGGACAAACGUUACUUCAGAUCCACAAAGAACGGCGCGGGCUCUGCCGGUGAACGGCUUCAGACAAUCACUGAAUGAACUUAAUGACAUGCACAGAAGCUGCCACGGGUCAGGCAGUGACAUGGAAAUUGCGGAGGGUGGCGUUGAUAUCGAACGUCCAAAUGGCGUCAGGACUUCUUUCCAGGAUCAAACCGAGAAGCCGCGGACCGUCACGACUGUUUGUCGUCCCCUCCACGCAGCUCUCAGCCUCCCUCUUUCCCUCCCCCUGUCCUCUCUGUACACUAACAGAGACUCCUGGGAAUCUCAAUUGACUUGUUCCCCAUCCUCACCUGAAUCUACGAGCUUUCAGGGCCCAGACUCCUGCCCGCCCCAGAGGAGAACUUCACAAGGGUCGAUCAAAGAGAAAUCCAUACGGCGAAAGAUGCAGGUUUAUUCUCCUGACAGCCCGAGCGACGAAUCAGUCAGUAGUCCAAUCCUCGAAGCGGACUACAUCUUUCCCGGGCCCUUUGCAACUUUCCUGGAAGAGGACCUCAGUGGAUUAUCCUCACUGGAGGCCAUAUCUACUCCCUCAUCCACGGACGGGGCCGCAGAUCUCCCAAGCUUCAGUCAGGAAGAUAUUUUCAACGUAUCCGAAGAGCCCCUGCAGAUAAUAGAGGACUCGGAAUCGGGAGUCGGGGAGGAAAUUGGGAGCAUAGACUCGUCGAUUCCCCCGGGAGGGAACUUUUUGUCACGCAGUCGUCACGGGGACCAGGAGCGGCGCCGCUUCUCGGCCUCGGAGCUAAUAUCAAGACUUCAGCUGUCUCAGAGGAAGAACUCCUUCACCCUGAAGCUCGGGAAGUCCCUGUCCGCUCGGGUGGCCUCAAGGGACAGACAGAGCUCCAGCAGCCUCAGCCCCAGCUCGGACUAUAAGCCAAACUCCAGGCACCGCAGCUCUGGAGGCUCCAGUGAUGGGGACCCCCACAGUCCUGUUGGUCUGCCCCCUCCACUGCCCAGCAGUGACAACGGGAUGACCUUACACCGUUGGAGCACGAAGCUUGGAAUGCGCAAGAAAUCCAUAGAGGAGGACUUGAGCAUACUUCCAUCAGUUCACUGCUCAAAUCGACUGUCGCCGAUCCUGUACCAGGAGUACAGCGACGUCGCCAUCAACAGAGAGAUCCAGAGACAGCAGGGGAAGGAACCGGGCACGGAGGAGGAGGGGCUCCGGGACGAAGGCUCGGACGGGACACCGUCGCCAUCCAACCUGUCGCCGUCCAGCUCCUUUCGCUCCUCCAGAGGCUCUGCUUUCGCACUCUGGCAGGACAUACCAGAUGUCCGAAGCAGCGGCCGGCUCGACAACUUCAGCAACGAGGAGAGAAAACUGCAGGAGGCAAAGUUUGAGCUGGUGACGUCUGAGGCGUCGUACAUUCGCAGUCUCACCAUCGCCGUGGACCAUUUCAUGCUGUCCCAGGAGCUCGCGGACUGUCUUGGAGCUCAGGAUAAGCAGUGGCUCUUCUCAAAGCUGCCCGAAGUCAAAGAUGUCAGUGAGAGGUUCCUCCAGGAUCUGGAACACAGGCUUGAGGAAGAUAUUCUCCAUUUUGAUGUGUGCGACAUCGUCAUGGAUCACUGUCCAGCUCUACGGAGGGUUUAUUUACCUUAUGUAACCAACCAGGCUUAUCAGGAGCAGACAUAUCAGCGGCUGCUGCAAGAAAACCCGCGUUUCCCAGGCAUCCUGGCCCGCUUGGAAGAGGACCCCAUCUGCCAAAGACUUCCGCUGACCUCUUUUUUAAUCCUCCCGUUUCAGAGGAUCACACGGCUUAAAAUGCUGGUGGAGAAUAUCUUAAAGAGGACAACACCAGGCUCCCGAGAUGAGGACACUGCUACGAAAGCUUUCAAUGAGCUAAAAAAGGUGAUCAUCAAAGAAUGUAAUUCCAGUGUGCAGUCAAUGAAGAGGAUGGAGGAACUCAUCCAUUUAAACAAGAAAAUCCACUUUGAGGGCAAGAUCUUUCCUCUGAUCUCUCAGUCCCGCUGGCUGGUGAAACACGGCGAGCUGUUGGAAAUGGACACUCAGACGAUGAGUAUAUCUGGAUCAAAGCUCAAGCUGCCCACAAAGCCUGUGUACCUCCAUUUGUUCAAUGACUGCCUGCUGCUGUCCCGGAGGAAGGAUACGUGGAAGUUCAUGGUGUUUGUACACGCCAAGAUUGGGGAGUUGAAAGUGAAGGAUCUCGGUCAGAAGCUGCAGGGCAUCUCAGGCUUCAUCUUCCACCUGCAGCUGUGUGAAGGCCAGCAGCUCAAACAUCAGAUCCUGCUCAAGUCCCACACCGAGAGCGGGAAGCAGAGGUGGAUCACUGCCAUGUUCCCAUCCGACCCACUUGAGGACAUUGAGCAAGCCAGUGAAAAUGAGGAUAUAUCCCAGGUUCAGUGUAUCAGAAGCUAUCAGGCCCAGGAGCAUGAUGAGUUAACGCUGGAAAAAGCCGACAUUCUUCAUGCAAAGACCAUUACGAGUGAUGGCUGGGUGGAGGGCAUCAGACUCUCGGACGGGGAGCGGGGCUGGUUCCCCAAAUCUUACGUGGAGGAAAUCACAAGCCGCAGCGCGCGCCUCCGCAACCUCCGAGAAAACAUCCGCAUCAAAUGUGUCACACAGAAACUGAGGGGGGAAGAUUGA